AUGUCCUCGGUCCUGAAGGGCCAUCCGAUUCGCACUAACCUUAAAAAUCUUAGUCUCUUCCUCCAGGUUACAGAUGGCUUCCAAAUGCUAAAGGUCGGAGGGCGCCUGGAGCUAGCAGACUACCCAGAAACCCAAAAGCAUCCUGUGCUGCUCCCAGCUAAGGAUCCAUUUGUGUCACAGUUCGCUCGCCAUCUUCAUCUACAGAACUAUCACGCCGGGCCACGGACGCUCGUCGCUUUAAUUAGAAAACAGUUCUGGAUAGUGAAUGCAAGGGACUUGGCGCGACAAGUCGUUCGCUCAUGUAUACAUUGUCGCCGCUAUCGACCAACUCUCGAAAGGCAGCUAAUGGGCCAACUGCCUAAAGAGCGGAUCACACCAUCUAGACCAUUUUCAAGAUGCGGAAUAAACUUUUGCGGACCAAUCAACGUCUAUUUGCGCAUCCGGGGUAAGCCGCCUACCAAGGCCUACCUAGCCGUCUUCGUUUGCUUUGCCACGAAGGCGAUACAUGUCGAAGUGGUAUCGGAUCUCACGACGGAUAGCUUCAUUGCAUCACUAAAGUGUUUUAUUGCUCGACGCGGACUUCCCUCGGACAUAUUCUGUGACAACGCUACAAAUUUCGCAGGAGCUAACAACAAGCUCGAAUCGUUGAAGCAGUUUCUGUUUAAAGACGAAACAACAAAAACAAUCCACUAUUUCUGUCGCUCAGAGUUCAUUAACUUCCACUUUAUUCCACCCAGGGCUCCACACUUCGGGGGAAUAUGGGAGGCUGCAGUAAAAAGUGUCAAGGGACUACUCAAUCGCACUCUUCGAGACACCAGACCCGCUCUCACGCCUGGCCACUUCUUAGUGGGUGACGCACUCCGAGCACUACCGGAACUUCCACCAAUCGACGACAGCCUGGACAAGUUGGAUCGAUGGAAAAGUGUUUGCGCACUCAAACAUCACAUCUGGAGUCGCUGGAGCCACGAGUACAUCAACGAGCUCCAAGUUCGCACAACCUGGACGAAGACAAAUUUGGCUGUCAACGACAUGGUCAUCGUUCACGAGGAUAAUCUUCCCCCACAACAGUGGCUUCUUGGGCGCAUAGUCAGCACGAUUGCAGGACCGGACAACAUCGUGCGUGUAGCCGACGUACGCACUGCCAAGGGAAUCAUCCGCCGCCCUAUACGGAAACUCACCUUAUUACCUGUCUCUUGA